GAGCUUUCUUGAAUUUUCUGCUUUCUUUUUUCUCUUUUUCACUUCUCGUCAUGAUUCAGGGUUUGAUUUUACACCUCAGAUCCUCAUCUAAUUCCAUUAUAAUAUUGAUUUCACAAAUGGGUUUUCUUCUAUACUUCACUUUACUGUAGAUUUGUUCCACCCAAAAAAAAAAAUCAAUUUUUUAUUUUAAUUUUUUUUCUUGUUGUUUAUUCUUCAUACUAACCCUGUCUCUAUCAUCUCCAUUGUUUUUCCCAAACCCUAGUGUCUUUAUAUGGAACCUUUACUCUUUAUCGUAUAUUCCAGUUUGGUUCAGUCUCGUGUGCUUGAUCCUUUGUUGCAGAGUGUAUUGUAGAAAGGCAUUUGGAGCUGAAAAUUUUGUUUGAUGGCUGAAUUGACCGGCCCUCGAUUGUAUAGCUGUUGCAAUUGUCGGAAUCAUGUGUCCCUUCAUGAUGAUAUAGUCUCUAAAGCUUUUCAGGGAAGACAUGGCCGAGCAUUUCUGUUCUCCCAUGCUAUGAACAUUGGUGUGGGGCCUAAGGAAGACAGGCAACUCACAACCGGUCUCCACACCGUUGCUGAUAUCCAUUGUGCAGAUUGCCGCCAGGUGUUGGGAUGGAAGUAUGAACGAGCCUACGAGGCAUCACAGAAGUACAAGGAAGGAAAGUUCAUACUCGAGAAAUCAAAGAUUGUCAAGGAAAACUGGUGUUCUUUGUUAUACACCAUUUGUGGCUUCACAAGUUCAGAAUUUGGUUGAACUUGUGAGACAAGGUAACAUUUAUAACCUGGGAAAGUUUUUUAAAGGGUUUUCCAAAGGAAAAAUUCAGUUCAUCUUAUAGUGAUUUUUCCUUUCAAGUUCAUUGCAUUUCAUUGUAUAGUGAUUUUUGCUUUCCAAGUUCAUUGCAUAAUCUUUUCUGCAUUGAAGAAUAGAGAAAGUCUAGGGUUUGGUUUAACUUGUGAGAAAAGUUAAAGACUGCUGCGUUUGGAAACUAGGAAAGUUUUCUAAUAGGUUUUCAAAAGGAAAAAAUUCAGUUCAUUGUAUGGUACUUUUUCCUUUCAAGUUCAUUGCAGACUAUAUUGACUGAAUAAAAAAAUAGAGAAAGUCUAGGGUUUGGUUUAA